CUUACACGGUAACUGGGUACACAGGCGAGGGCCUGGGUACCCCUCAAACAGAGGAGUGAUGAGGAGCCACUCGGGAAGUUUAGCAACCGUGUUGAGUGCAGCUGUCCCAAUGCGGAAAUAUGCGAUAGCGGAUGCCUAAUUGGGCAUGCGAUGCGCUGUGGUUCUUAUCAGUUCCUGCAGGUGCCACCCUGUCAAUGCACGUCUUGACAGUGGCCGAAGAUAGGCCAGAAGCAUUUCCAGCUGGAUGGAUUCGCGCAGCGAAGGCUGGACCAGCACCCUGUGGCACUCUGUGGCAUCCUGUGGCACCUGCUGCAGACCCUAUGUGGCUCCAUUGCGCAACUUCACCCUGCUUAUGCCUAUUUGGAUGCGGACAGCGGAAUUCGACACCCACUCGUUUGUGGGGAGCCAGCGCAUCGUUUCUUUUGGGCUUACCUCCGGUGACCGCUUGCCGGGUGAUAGCGAUAACGCGUUCCGCAACCUGUAAGAAUGGGUGUCGUGGAUGGAACCACACCUACCGUGAAAAGUGCAUAAUCAGCGCGAGGCUCAAUGCUGAUAGCUGAUAACCGGGCGCCGUGUGAAAAAAGCCCAGUCAGAAGCAGCUGGUGACUUCGACCAUGCUUCAGCCGACAGGAACACGCUGCAGCAAUGUGAGGGGGAAAACGCUUUCCCAGAACGAUUGACGGUGGGGUAGAGUGAGG